AUGCAAAGCUCAAUAGAAAAUGCAAGAGUGAACAAGGGAGAACUCCACAAUUUUAUCAACAAACAAGUUAGAUUUGUUGGAAAGGUAGUUUCAAUUGAAGGAGAAAUAGCAAUACUUGAAGCGCCAGAUGGUGGUACUGUCAAAUGUAAAACUGUGAGUCCACCACCAAGCACUUAUGUUGAAGUUAUUGCUCAAGUUAUGCCCGACUUAUCCCUGACUCAGACAGACUUUAUGUUUGAUUUGGGCGACUCACUGAACAUGGAUUUAGUUAAUGAGAGCAUUAAAAUUUCAUUCCAUCCCAAAUUGAGACAACAUUGGGAACCAGUUUCUAAUAUUGCUUAG